UCAGUGUGAUAUGUUAUAAUGUUUCUAAGCUGACUGUACUGCGUCGCUCAUUCUUGCUCCACUCAUUCUUGCGCCACUCACCACUCAGCGUACAGUCACCACUCAGCGACAGUCACACCAAGCACGACAGGAAGAAAUCUGAGAGUUAGUGAUAAACAGUGUGUCGUAACUGCAACAAGUGUCUGUCUGUCAAACUCUCUUGCUACUCAACUAUAUUGUACACAAACUUCAAGUAUUCUUUAUCGUCACAAUAGUGAGAAGGACUACUACUUUAUACCUGCCAGAGCGUGUAUAUCUGACAUGGGUGGGAAAGUGUCGUCAGUAGAGUUAGUAUACCGGGAAGAGUGGGGAGCGCUUGAACCAAAGAGCCUCACCCAGCUAAACCCUCCCAUGAGUAAGGUGAUCAUCCACCACACGGCCGCCGGCAAGUGCACCACGAAGGAGGAGUGUGUUGAAGAGGUGAAGAAGACACAGAGAGUACACAUGUAUUGUAAUGCUUGGGACGACAUUGGCUACAAUUUUCUGGUCGGGGAGGAUGGACGAGUGUAUGAAGGCCGAGGCUGGUACACUCUAGGCUCACACUCAAUGGGCCACAACACCUCCUCUUAUGGUAUAUGUGUGAUGGGCAACUUUAUGGAGGAACUACCUAAUGAUAAAGCCCUCUCAGCCCUCAAGGAAUUUAUCAACUAUGGCGUACAAAAGGGGAAACUUACCGAAGGAUAUGAGCUGUUUGGUCACAGAGACGCCCAAGCCACAGACUGCCCGGGACUUAUGCUUUACAACCAUAUACAAACUUGGUCCAACUUCAGCCACAGAAAUUUACGUGAUUAAUGAUGAAUAGAUAGAUAGAUAUUCAUUAAAAAAUCAUCUUACAACUUUACUUUGAUUCAGCACGCAUUUAGACACGGAUGACGAAGCACUACACACACACACUGUAUUUGAAUGUUACUUUGAAAAAUAAAUUAUGGAAAUAUA